AGCAGGAGGAGGAGGAGGUGCCGCCGCGGAGGCUGCCGGGAGAAUCCGUCUGCGCGCGACUCUUCAUCCGGUGCUGGGGCGAUCCCUGGUUGGAGGCAUCAUGAAGUGUGUCAUCAAUGGGGGCAACGUCAAAGUGCUGGGAAAAGCCGUCCACUCCCUUUCCCGCGUCGGAGACGAGCUCUACUUGGAGCCCCUGGAGGAUGGGCUCUCCCUGCGGACGGUCAACUCCUCCCGCUCGGCCUACGCCUGCGUCCUCUUCGCCCCCCUCUUCUUCCAGCACUACGAGGCGGGGGCUCCCCGGGCCCUGCCGCGCCGCUGCAAAGUCCUCAUGAAGUCCCUGCUGUCGGUUUUCCGCUCGCUGCCCGCGCUGGAGAAGACGGUGGAUCGGUGCUGUGUGUCGCUGAGGCCCCAACGCAGCUGUCUGGUCAUCCAACUACACUGCAAAUACGGCAUGACCCGAACCCACAACCUGUCCCUCCAGGAGUGUGAGUCUCUACAGGCGGUGUUCGACCCAGCCCGCUGCCCGCACCUGCUGCGGGCCCCCGCCCGGGUCCUGGUCGAUGCCAUCCUGCCUUUCCCCCUGACCCUGGCGGAGGUGACGCUGGGCGUGAGCCGCGGCCGCAGGGUGGUUUUCCGGAGUUUCGUGGAGGAGGCCGACCCCGCCAAGGCGAUGGUGACGGAGAUGAGCCUCGGGCCGGACGAUUUCCAGCAGCUGCGGGUCCAGGAAGACAGCACCGCCAUCACCUUCUGCCUCAAGGAAUUCAGGGGGCUCCUGAGCUUCGUGGAGUCGUCGAAUCUGCCCCUCAACAUCCACUUCGACGCGCCCGGCAGGCCGGCCAUUUUCACCUUUGAGGACUCGCUGCUGGAAGGACACUUCGUCCUGGCCACGCUGUCCAAUUCCCAACUCUGCUCCCAGGAGCCCCUCCCGCCCGCGGGCCGGGACGCCCUUCCCAGGUGGGUGGCUCAUUCGGACGGCCUCCCUGACGACUUUGCCAGCGAUGACAUCGACUCCUUCAUGGUCACCAUGGAAACCGGCGGGUGCCAGGGGCUGGGCACCCCCCUGCCUCGCCCCCCAGUCAGCCCGCUCCCCCUCGACGAGGACGAUGAGGACGACGAGGACAAGGAGCCUGUGCCUGGGACCCCUCCCCUGAAAAAGUUCCGCUCCCUCUUCUUCGGCUCGGUGCUGACCGGCCCCCAGCCCCACGGCUCCCCGAGCCGGGUUCUGGCCGAAGACAGCGACGGCGAUGGCUGAAGGGGCCGCCAGCCCCCGAAGACCCCCUCUUCCCCCUCCUCAAGACCCCCGACCCUGUAAAUAAAAUGCAUGGAGAGACCCAGCCGUCCCUGCCCUGGGGCGGGCGGGCACCGGGGCGGGGGGCGAGGGGGUGGCCCCAGUUCCUCCUCUCACUCACCUGUGCAGAGAAUCGUAAUACGCAUUUGAAAAAGUACAGCACAACGGGGUUUUGUUAAUAUGUUUUGUCGCCCGUCUCCCCCUUCUAGACUGCGAGCCCGCCGUCGGGUAGGGACCAUCUC